UCACGGGUGCAAGACGGCCACUGUGCCCUCUGAGUCCCUGGGCCAAGCACUGUCCCGUUAUUGGAGAAAUGGCACCCGUCGGAGGGAAAAGGGAAAAAAAGGGCAUUCUAGAACGGCUGCAUAGUGGAGAGGUUGUGAUUGGUGAUGGAAGUUUUGUCAUUACCCUUGAGAAGAGGGGAUACGUGAAAGCUGGACUUUGGACCCCAGAAGCAACUGUAGAACAUCCAGAAGCAGUACGCCAGCUUCACACAGAGUAUCUGAGAGCUGGAUCCAAUGUCAUGCAGACCUUUACCUUCUUUGCUGACAAGGAUAAUUUGGAAAGCAAGUGGAAAGAUGUAAAUGAAGCUGCCUGCGAACUUGCCAGGGAAGUGGCUGAAAAGGGAGAUGCCUUGGUAGCAGGUGGAGUCAGUAAAACAUCAUUGUACAAAAGCCAUGAGAAUGAACUUGAAAUUAAAGAACUUUUCCAACUACAACUAGAAGUUUUUACCAGAAAGAAUGUGGACUUCUUGAUUGCAGAGUAUUUUGAUUGUUGUGAAGAAGCUGUAUGGGCUGUUGAAGUCUUGAAAGGGUCUGGGAAGCCAGUGGCAGCUACCAUGUGCAUUGGUCCAGAGGGAGACAUGAAUAAUUUAACACCUGGAGAAUGCGCAGUUCGAUUGGUCAAAGCAGGAGCUUCAAUCGUGGGUGUGAACUGUCGCUUUGGACCAGAUAUUAGCUUGGCCACUGUGAAGCUAAUGAAAGAGGGCCUAGAGGCCUCUGGUCUGAAAGCUUUCUUGAUGGUGCAGUCACUGGGGUUCCACACACCUGACUGUGGCAAGGGAGGCUUUGUAGACCUCCCCCAGUACCCUUUCGGUCUGGAACCCAGAGUUGCUACCAGAUGGGAUAUUCAAAAAUAUGCCAGGGAAGCCUACAAUCUGGGUGUCAGGUACAUCGGGGGCUGCUGUGGAUUUGAGCCUUAUCACAUCAGAGCGAUUGCUGAGGAGCUGGCUCCUGAAAGGGGCUUCUUGCCUGAUGCUUCAGAAAAACAUGGCAGCUGGGGCAGUGGUUUGAAUAUGCACACCAAGCCCUGGGUUAGAGCAAGGGCACAGAAAGAAUACUGGAAGAAUCUGUUGCCAGCUUCAGGAAGGCCAUACUUUCCUUCUUUGUCAAAACCAGAUGCCUGAGAAUGCCAAAGGAAUAACUAAGUUGAAAUAAUAAAAAGAGGUCCUCCAUGAAGACUUUUUUGAUUA